AUGGAGCACGUGGUAUUCAUCAACUUCCCGGCGACCGGGCACAUGAACCCCACCCUGCCUCCUGGCGGUUUUAUGCAGAUUCAGGUGACGCCUUUGGUGACCGAACUGGUGGCUCGCGAGAUCCCUGUGAGUUACUUUGUCCAUGAGACGGUACGCGAAGUCGUUGAAGCGACUGGUGCCCAGUGGCAUGCUUUGCUUGACCCCCAGUGUUCGGCCUCUGGACCUGCAGAGGAGCAACUGCAAAAGUAUGUUCCAGACCAGACGCCCAAAGAGGAUUACGCCUUUCCGCUCUCCUCGCUGGUCUUCUCAGCCUCUGAAGCUCCAGCUUUGAUUGCACAGUUGAGGACUUUGAAGCCACUCCCAUCGGUGAUCGUCUAUGAUCCCUUCUUGCCCCUGGGUCUCCUGGCCGCGCGAGAGCUCGGCAUCCCUGCCGUGGCGACCGUGACCAUGGCCGGACCAGGCGUGGUGGAGGUGCAUCCGCCCGUGCAGCAGAAGUGGGAGUCGAAUGCCGUAUCACGAAGAGCGCGGCAGGAAAUCAAGGAGCUCUACAACUUCGACGUGUUUGCACACGGAUCCUUUUUAGAGUUCUACUCUCCAGAUCAGAACAUCGAAUGUGUGGGGCCACUGCUGAACCCCAAGAUCUUACGGCUCUCCAACGCGGAGCUCACGCACUCGGCGGCGCCCAUGCUGCCACGGGAAGUGGAUGCAGCGCGAGCUGCAGGCCGACGGAUCCUGUACGUUUCGGCCGGGACCGUGGCCACGGGGCGACUGUGGAAUGAGAAGUUUGGCCCGAAGGGCUUGUCCAAUGGCCUUAGCGAGUGCACUGGGAAGGAGUUGAUUCAGCUUCUCUACCGCACGGUCUUCGAGGCCUUUGGUGGUGCAGAGGAUGUGCUUCUUGUCGUCAGCACUGCUCGAGAAGAUGCGUUGGAAGGCUUAGAUCUUCCGAACAACCUCGUGGCACGACCUUCUUUGCCGCAACUGGAACUGCUCCCCAAAUGCCAUGCCUUCAUCACCCAUGGAGGUGCCAACAGCAUGCACGAGGCGCUCACCUUUGGCGUCCCCAUGGUCGUUGUGCCCAUCUUCGGCGAUCAGCCCUCCAACGCCGACGCCGUGCGACGCGCGUGGUGUGGCGCCGGAGACUUUCGACAUCCGCUGCAGAGCUUGACGUCGCAGGCGUUGCUGGAGGCGGUGCAGCAGUUGGAGCUGCCUGGCGUCCGGGAGGCGUUGAAGGACAUGCAGCGGGAUCUCCAGGCGGCCGGGGGGGUGACGAAGGCAAUGGAUCUGGUGCUGGCAGCAAAGAGGAGAAACACUUUAGAGGAGGCACCCUUAGGCGGUGCUUGA